AUGACAUCAUCUGCUCGUGUUACUGCCACACUGUGGGAUGGUCUGCCCCUUACAGUAGAAGAACUUGCACUCAGAUAUCGGCGCAUUCUUCGUAUCAACAAAAACCUUUCUGCAUGUAUAGAUUCUUUUCGUGUUGAGUGUGAUAAACUUGCUAGUAGCUCUCCUUAUGCUGCUCAGGCGCUUCGUGAUAUUCUUCCUGUUAUUUCAGAAGUAGGAUCGAGUAAUUCUUGCAACCCAACAACUUCUGUUGACACUGCUACUGCUACUGCUACUGCUACUGCUGUUGUCGUCAGAGAUGGCAAAAUGUCUAGAAGCCAGAGUGGUGUUCUUGAAGGUGUGGUGGUAAAACAAGGCAAGGUCCAACACACCUCAUCUCAUUCAGUAGUAGUUGAUAAUGCAAAGUCACGCAUUUUGAGAUUUGUGGAGGAUACCACACGUGACUACAAGGAGGAAUACAAUGUGUUACGGCUGAAGCUAAUGGAAAUGGAGAGUUCUCAGCAAUUACUAGCAACAGCCCUUCGGGAUGUGGAAGAUCAAAAGAAACGUUGUGCGAGAUACGCCUCUUCUCUCGAUGUUUGUCGUGAAGAACUGGCUAAAUCUCGAUCACAAUGUCAAUUUUUGCUCAAUAUCCUUAGUGAUGGUUAUUACAACAACAACAACAACAACAACAGCAAGAACAAAAACAAAAACAGCAACGACAAUAAUUGUACAGAAGAAGACGAGGUGGAACGUUUUAUUGAGGAUAUUAGGUUAAAUCUUGAAAAGGUUGAUGAAAUAAGCAAAAUAAAAGGUAUCCAAGAACCAUUAGGGGAUGAGGGUGCAUCCAGACUUUCUCUUGGUAUACGUGUGGUUCAAACAGAAGUGGCGCUGCAGGAAUCGCAGGCGGCAGUAAAUUCGCUUAAUGCUUCAGUGGAGCAGUUGUCGUAUGAUAAUGAUCACCUGAAGGCAAGAUUGGAGGCGCUGACAGCAGAGCGUGACACUCUAAAAAUACAAUGCACCCAAUUGGAGGGACAGGUGCAACGCGUACUAACGCUCCUACACGAAGAUCACAACAGUCAGUAUGAUGAUGAUAACGUUGUCAGACAAAGAAAAGGAAUAGACAAAUGUCAAGAUAUGACAUCAUCUCGCGUAGAGAUGGUAGAACAGUUGCAGAAACUACAGGAGGAGAAUCGUUCUCUUCAACAAAGCGUACAGCAAUAUAAGCGACAGAUAAAUGACGCCGAAUUGCGUGCGGAAGAGAUGGCAGCUGAAGAGCAUAAAAAAGAUGAAGAGAUACAUGCACUAGAAGAGGAAAUAAUACAUCUACGCAAAGCGGUUCAUGAGAAACAGCUCAAACUUCAACAAACUUGCAACUCGUGGAAGUCUGCAGCAGCAGAUUGGGGCCAACUAGAUAAGGUGCACCGCACCGUGAUUGAACAUAUAUCAAGACGUCUGGUUUUGUAUACCGGCAAAGAUCUCCUCGCCGCACAUGGGAGUGAUGAUUUGAUAACUGAGGUACCAGAGAAACAUUUAUCCCCUUCAGGGGCGAUAAAACUCGUAAAAGAGAUCAAAAAGGAAGAAGUUCAGAAAUUAUCAGAAACUGAGACGACAACUAUAGAAGAAGUACCAGUGAAUCUUUCCAGUGAAAAUGAACGAGUAAAAGAACUUCUAGAACGUAUUGAAUCAAUGGAGUCAGAACAUCGUUCGUUAAUGAAACACUGGCAAAAAGCGAAUCAUGAGCUGCGAUCUGCCCUUGCAAGCUCACAAGAGGAGCUUAGGAAAAAAGAUAACCGUAUCAGAGUUCUGGAACAAAGACAAGAGUUAAAUAUGAUGAAUGUUGCAACGUGUGAAUCUCAAUAUGACACUGAAUAUCAAAGCAAAGGUUAUGAUAAUACCAAAAAGAAUACUACUAUAAGUAGCAAUAGUACGCAUGGUGUUUCAAUAACUCAGGAUUAUAGUGUGAACCAAAUAUUACCAGAGGAUUGUAGAUUAUUGCAGGUAGAAAAUGAAUCUCUUCAUCGGCAAAUUUUUGAUUUAAAAGAAAAAUAUUCCUCUCUUAAUCUUCUUGUGGAUAAUUACCGUAAACGCUGUGAGACACUAGAGCGAGAAAUUGAACAUAACGCUAAAACGAUGACUCAAUUGGUGAUAUGUGGUUUUACUUCACCAACUCCUACCGGUGUGCGUAGUUCUUCUACUAGCGCUCGUAGCUCUACAGAUGUGAUUCAAAUUCGCAAUCUUCAGUCCAUGCUACAAUGUGUACUGCAAGAGAAGAUGGAACUGUUAACUAAGCUAAGAGAACUUGAGGCUAGUUAA